AUGACUGAGAUCAUAGAGCCAACCUCUUCUGGGCUUUCUGGAGAGUCCGGGCAGAUAAGGCCACCAUCUACUUCUCCGACACAUCAUCCAGAUUUAAAGAGCUUAGCUCACACUUUUAUAGAUGGAUCUCAAUCUCGAAGUGGAACCCCUUAUUGCCAAAACGAAAAAGUAUCAGCCGAUCUGAGGCUGAGUGCCAGUGAAUUUGCGGAAUCCAUUCCAGAGGAAAUAGAGGAAGAUGAUGAGGUUGAAGAAAUUACUGGAGAGUCGAGGAAAUGCUAUAAAACCGACGAUUGGGAGGUAGAUCGAAGUACGGAAAUCGAUGCGAUGGGUGGGGAUGGUGGAAUGUUAGAAGAAGGGGAGGAAUUAUAUAGGGAGAAGGAAUCACUCGAAGAAGAUUGUCUGAAGAGCGAGCUACGUCCCGUUUUGGAAAGAAGGCGGAGGGAGGUGAUGGUAGCUAGACAGCAGGGAGUGCUGCUUGAUAGAGGUCAUGAAAUUGUCAGAGCCUUUUCUAUGGUUGGAAAUGAUAUUGAACUCAAGGAACUUCACAGGUUUCCGUCAAAUGCAUUAUCAAACUCGGGUAAACGACCUGCACACUUUUCUUGUCGGAAGCAAGUGAGCGCUUUUGUUAUAUAUGAAAUAAUUAUAUUUUAUAUCCUAUACAAAAUACUUCUGGAUUUUUUAUUGACGCUACUUUAA